ACAAGUAUGUUGUCCCGAAACUGGGAAAGUCGCCCAGCCUCCGCCUGUAGGUUGAACUCCACCUGGGACCGCGGACUGUGAUCCCUCACCGACAGCAAUGCGGUAAAACAUGUGAGAAAAGCUCGGAGGUGUAGCUGCUGCCCGGUGUUUGGGCUCUUUUAAACUCGUUUUCCACUCGAGUUCACACUGGUCUCUUUGUUUUAGCUAGCGUCGCGUUAGCUGCUUCCGGAAAACAACCUUCACACAGAAAAUCAAGAUGAAGACAUGGAGAUAACAGUUUUGACUCGGGAUCAUCGUUUCUCCGUUCCAAUGGAUUGUAGCUUUGGACACGAAGACGUAGGUUCGUGAAGUGCACCAAACACGUUUUUUAAGGAGAUAAGAGAACGCAGAUCUUUUCCAGAGACAAAGAAGUUUGGACUGAACUCCAAGCCAAUGGCUACAACAGAAGCCAAAGCUGCCGGCAGCAGUUGCACUGCAGGCCUGUCGUGGGCGCGGGUCUGUAAGGAGUGUGGCCAGCAGCACGAUUGCCUGGAGAGCCACCUGUACGAGUACCAGGAUGAUGUGGAUGAUGAACUGGUUUGCCACAUCUGCCUGCAGCCCCUCCUCAGACCUAUGGACACCCCUUGUGGCCACACCUAUUGCUUUCACUGUCUGAGCAACUUCUUGAAAGAGCAGGACUUCUGCCCCGUGGAUCGCCAGCGGCUGCAGUUGCACCAGUGCCGUCCCUCCAGCCUGCUGGUCAGGAACCUGCUGGACAAGCUGGCUGUGGUGUGCCCCCACAAUGAGUGUCAGCAGCAGAUGCAACGCUGUGAACUGCAGCCUCACCUGCACAACAGAUGUCCUGUUUUCAGAAGACUGAGGGAGGAAGCAGAGAAGAGGAAGAGGCCCUCGUGGAACGAGCUAAAGGGACGUAAGGGUGACGGGGAGUCGUCUGCUGAUGCUAAACAUUCAGCUACACUGUGCCGAAAUCCCACCCGAGAUCAGCCCGAGCCCGGCCUGAUUAAUCCUGCCUAUGAAGAAAGUGAGGAUGAUAACACCCCCCUGCGGUCCAGUCUGGUGGCCGAGGCCAAUGUGGUGGAGCUGUUCAGAGACGAGCCGGAGGAAGAGCUGGGCCUCCGCAUCGUGGGGGGCAAAGACACACCGCUGGGGAACAUAGUCAUCCAGGAGAUUGUCAGGGACUCGCUAGCAGCUCGUGACGGCAGACUGGCCCCGGGGGACCAUAUCUUAGAGGUGAAUGAUGUCAGUUUGGCUUCAGUCCCCCACGCCCGGGCCAUCGCAGUGCUGCUGCAGCCUUCCCUCCUCAGGCUCACCGUCAUGCAGGAGAAAGGUUUCAAAACAAGGGAUCCACGGUCUGAUCCUCACUCCUCCUCUUGCACCACUUCCACCGCCUCCCAGCCCUCUCACAGUCCCCAUGGCAAUGCUACCUCCAAUCAUAACCCCGGCACAGUCCUGCAGGUGACACUAAUGAAGAGUCAGCGCACCGAACCACUUGGCAUCAAACUCAUACGCAAAUCGGAUGAGAGUGGGGUUUUCAUUCUGGACCUGCUGUCUGGUGGUUUGGCUGCCAAAGACGGAAAACUGAGGAACAAUGACAAGGUGUUGGCCAUCAAUGGACAUGACCUGAGGCAUGGUACACCUGAGAGUGCUGCCCACAUCAUACAGGCGAGCGAGAUGCGCGUGAACUUCGUGGUGAUGAGACCUGCAGAGUCUCAGGAGGAAGGAGGAAGCAGCAGAGAGGGACAACACAGCAGAGCAGCCCGGAGGCCAGAGCCGCAGUACUUCAGGCGCCGCUCCACCUACAUGAAGGAUCCUCCAGGUGGGUUUUCCAGCCAGGAGAAGACUGUGAGCCUGAAGAAGGAGCCUCGGCUCUCCCUGGGCAUCACCAUUGCCGGGGGGAGGGACUGUCGCAGCCGCCUGCCCGUUUACAUCACGAGUGUGCAGCCUGUUGGCUGUCUGCACCGGGAUGGCACCAUCAAAAGAGGUGACGUCCUGCUGAGCAUCAACGCUGUUGAUCUGACCCAGCUGACCUACAAUGAGGCAGUUUCUGUGCUAAAGGCUCAGACAGCUCAGUCCCAGGUGGUGCUCCGCGUCAUCCAGACCCUCUCCGAGGACUCUGAGGAGGACGCAGAGUCUGCCAACAAGGACGAACUGGACCCUGUGGACGACCCACGAGACGACACCCUCAACUGGACGCCGCUGUGGACUCGCUGGCUGGGAUUACCGAGCCACAUGCACUGGUGCCGGGACAUUGUCCUGCAGAAGACCAACAACGAGAGCUGGGGCUUCAGUAUCGUGGGGGGCUACGAGGAGAGCCACGGCCAGCAGCCUUUCUUCAUCAAAACCAUCGUGCCUGGUACGCCCGCUCAUUUUGACGGACGCCUCAAGUGCGGUGAUGAGAUAGUGGCGGUGAACGGAGCCACAACAGUGGGGAUGAACAACUCGUCCCUCAUCCCGAUGCUCAAGCUGCAGAAGAAUAAAGUCACGCUGACUGUGGUGUCCUGGCCUGGGAGUCUUGUGUAGCUAAGCACACGUCUUCUUACAGUCACCCUCUCAGUUGAUCACAGGCACACACAGAUCAUUGCCCUGUUCUGCUGCAUUCUUCACUCACCGUCCCUUCCACAUGUAACUCAUAGUUAGGUUCUAUUCUCAAGUCUUUUGAUUGGUUAUGUACUACAGGACAUGUGCAUACUUAAGAGCCAUCCUGUGCACAAUGGGAAUGACUUUCCCAAGCGUGGUCUCAGCUGUUUGUUUCAGUGUCCUUUCACACUCAGAGGGCAGAUGAUUGCACAAAAUGGGUUUAAUCAGGGUGCAAAAAUGACGACAAUCAGUGAAUUAUAUCUUAACAGCAAACUGGAAGGAUAGUUGUUCUUUUAAAUACCUUUUUGAUCCUCCUCUGAUUACUUUAGGUAUAUUUGCUUUCCUGGUAAAUAAUCUUAUCAUUUGUUAGCCAUGACUUGAUUCAAGUGAUUCACAUAAACAGACAGUUGUGAUAAAGAAUUAUAGAUCACUACAUAUAACAAAAUGGCUGCUGACUGUAUAUUGUGGUUUCAUCACAUUCACAAUCAAAACGUGCAACAAAGCAAUGUUAAGAAUAAAAUCAGCAGCUUUGUUGUGCUAUGAGAAGCGACUUUGGUUUGAACAGGGAAAGAAACGCCAAAGAAAAGACCUGCAGUCGUUCUCAUGCAGACAGGAAGGUUCAGUCUGGAGGCGCUUAGAGAGUCUGGGAUAUCUGAGGUGCAGUCUUAUCGAAGCCAUAAAAGGUAAUCAAUCAAAUCUUACGCACUCCUAAAGUUAGCUGCAAACCUACGUAGAACUUUUAACCAGAGUUGCAUUGCUGCACCAACAGCUUUGGUCCAAGUUUGCCAACACGAAAUAAACUUGGACGUGUUUAUAUUGUUGAUACUUCUGUGAUGAAUCUUUGGUCUUAAAAGAGUUGUUAAUCUACACGUGAUUCAUUCAGCAGCUUUUGAUUUAUUAUUUGAUACAUGUCCAUUGACCUGUGCUCUGUAUUUAUUUUUCAAAUGAUAAAGUGGCUCAUACUGAAUGACUUUGAUAAGCGGGUGACCUGUAGACAUUGAAGGACAAAGCAGAAUGUAUACUUGCCUUAAAUUGCCACUGUACUAAAUUGUGUUUCCUCUCAUUAUAUCCAGUUUAUAGGAAAAGGAGAGCAGCCUUGUUCGGAUAUAUUUGUGUUACCUCGUUCUUUUUGUGUCAACACAUUACCUGUGGCCUUUCUUGUAUCUAAAUUGAUACCAAACUAUAAUUAUUACAGUAGGUAGUGUUCAUAUUAGCCUGUUCACUGUUUCAUUAUGUUCAAUAAAAUCAUAAC